AUGCCACCCCGUCGCGUCCCCUCCGUCUUGCGCCUUCUUGAACACGGCUUCAUGGCCUGGAAGACCUUAAGUCUUGCUACCAACUGCGCCUACCCAGCAAUGGUAGUCCUCUCAGAGUCGAUGGAGCCUGCUUUCUCCCGAGGAGACGUCAUCUUUCUUGCCAACUGGCAAGACGUCAACGUCGGGGACAUCCCGGUGAUCUGGUUUCAGGGACAGCCCCUCCCUAUGGUGCAUCGAGCCGUUGAGGUCCUGUUCGAUAAUGGCCAGGAGCGAUUGGUGUUGACAAAGGGCGACAACAACGAAGUCAAUGAUGUGGUGCUGUAUCCCUUUGGUCAGACACAUGCAUGCUGGAUCUGGAAUAACCCUCGUCACCUGCUCUUUCGCCUUAACACCUCGACGACAUGGUUUUCUCGCGCUCUUUUCCUCACUCGGCGAGCAUUGAAAGUCGGCCUCCUUCUCGUCGUCAACAGUUUUGUGGAUAGAGCCCGCAUAUACCUCAAGGCCGACCUCUUAGACUUUACUCCGGAUAAAUACCCAAUCAUCCGCCCCAUGAUCUCGCAAAUCAUCUUCGAUUGCAGCCGUGAUGACUGCACAUACCACCCAGUCUCACAACGCCAGAUUCUCGUGCGCAUCUUUGUGGUAUUCUCCUGGUUAUGGUCCAAUUUCCUCAUCCUUGAAUCAUACCAUGCCCUCCUCUCCACAAUCUUCGUCCUCCUCGGGAUCGACAACUCAACAGACUGGCCACCUCUCUUCGGCAGCAUAGCCGAUGCCUGGACCGUCCAACGCUUCUGGGGCCGCUUCUGGCACCGCAUCGCGACACCUACACUUACAACAUGGACACGCACCAUUCUGCGGAUCAAGCACGAGCCGCAGACCGCAUUCGAAAAGGCGGCCGUCGCAUUUGGCGUGUUCUUCCUCUCUGGCAUCAUGCACAUGACGGCUGCCUGGAGAACCGGCGAGGGAUACCUGCACUUGGACGUGAUGUUCUUCUGUGCUAAUUUCUUUGCGAUCGCGGUUGAGAUCGUAGUGUCGCGCGCGUGGAUGCAGGUAGUCAGACGAGCGAAGCUGAAGCCUGGGGCGGAAGCACGGUUGUGCCGAGCUAGUUGUUGGUUUGGCUACUUGUGGACCUUUGCGUGGUUCUUUUGGAUGGUACCGAGGUGGUUGUAUCCCAAGAUGUUGCGGUGGUUGAUCAAGCAGGCUCUGGCACAGUCUCAUAUGCGGUUGUGA